CGGAGGGCUCCGAGAAGUGCGCACGCGCACUGACCUCGGCGGGCCCUAGCAACCGGAGCAGUGACAGUAGCAACGGCCGGAAUGGCAAAAGCAACAACAAUCAAAGAAGCUCUAGCCAGAUGGGAAGAGAAAACCAGUCAAAAGCCAUCCGAAGCCAAAGAGAUAAAGCUUUAUGCUCAGAUUCCCCCUAUAGAGAAGAUGGAUGCAUCCUUGUCCACACUUGCUAAUUGCGAGAAGCUUUCACUGUCUACAAACUGCAUUGAAAAAAUUGCCAACCUCAAUGGCUUAAAAAACUUGAGGAUAUUGUCUUUAGGAAGAAACAACAUAAAGAACUUAAAUGGACUGGAAGCAGUAGGGGACACAUUAGAAGAACUGUGGAUCUCCUACAAUUUUAUUGAGAAGUUGAAAGGGAUCCAUGUAAUGAAGAAAUUGAAGAUUCUCUACAUGUCUAAUAACCUAGUGAAAGACUGGGCUGAAUUUGUGAAGCUGGCAGAAUUGCCGUGCCUGGAAGACCUGGUGUUUGUAGGCAAUCCCUUGGAAGAGAAACAUUCUGCUGAUGGGAACUGGAUUGAAGAGGCGACCAAGAGAGUCCCCAAACUGAAAAAGCUGGAUGGUACCCCAGUAAUUAAAGAGGAUGAGGAAGAAGAUAACUAACACCACGUUUUCUGCUUUGUGUUAACUUAUUUAAAUGUCAUAAGAACAAUAGAUAAGUUUUGUAUAAUUGUCUAUUUUAAAGAUCCUGUGUGGGGCAAAAGGUUCUUAAGAUAAAACAAAUCUCUCAUUGCUAUCUUUUCUUAAACCUAUUGAGUGUUUCUCCCCCCAAAACGGUAACACCAACUUCAUACAUUCUAGUACUUUUUUUAGAAACUCGAAUUUUCAACUUCUUGUCUUCAGUCCCAGUUAUGUACUACAUGGCCCCAUCUACCGAAACUUUUAUAGACCAGUCAUUUUUAACAACAAAGAACAACAAAUAUGGUUCUUUAUUCAGUUGUUUAGGGUUUGUUUGUUUGUUUUCAGACCAGGCAUUUAAAUAUAUAUACUUAACUUUUGAAUCUGUAGACCAUCUUUCCUGAAGGUCCAUGUCCUUAUGACUCAGAAGCACAAAUGUGUCAUGCCUUUGGUUCAGAAGGCAGCGCGGUGACAGAAAGAGUUCCUCUUAGAAGAAAUACAGAGCAGUCCUAGAACCAAGACUCCCAAAGUCCAAUUGGAAAAGCUAUGGUGAAAAGAGGAAAAAUUAAUAUCUUGGAGGCCUUACAGCCCAUGUUAUAUUUACUUAUUUGUUUUUCCAAAAAUGUGUGCAUUGUCAACUGGAAUUUAGGUUGUGUUUGUACACCUGGCCACUUGAGUCACUGUGCACAGUCAGUCAUGCUGUGAUCUGGGUCAGUGGUUAAAAUGACUGUCACGAUCAUUCCUUUGACCACUACUCUGGUCAUGUUACUCACAUGGGCCUGAUCUUAGGCACACUUUUUGGUUUAUAGUCCCUUAUAUGUUAUAUAAGGAAAUACAUGUAAACAGUAGUUAUAUUUGAAUUCCUAGCCUAAAUGUUGGCCAUUCAUAUAUAUCAAAAUUUUCUCUAAUAACUUUGUUCUGUGGACCCUCAUGUUGGGAGAAUUGAUUGCUAUAAAUAAGGAUAUAGAACUUAAAAGACUGCAUCUGAUACCUUUCAAUAGAUUAAAUUUAGAAUCUCAAAAUAUAUUUUUAGAACAUUUCUAAGUUAGCUCUUAAAAUGAACUAUGUAAGUGAUUGUGGAGGGAAAAGAGAAGAGAGAUUUCAUUAUGGGAUCCCAGGCAAAUGGCAAUAUUUUUGAGGAUUGCCUUCUCUAUGAAGCAUGGUAGGUGACCUAACCUCAAAAUUGCAAAGCAAUAGUUGGAUACAGAGCUUAGAAUUUGUAAGGAAAAAAAAUCUUUUUGGAAAGUGCAAGGUAUAGUCGGUAACCAGAUGAAGUCCAUAGCAGAUCAUGACUGAAUUACUGACAGAUUGCAGAAAAGAAGUCAGAGGCGCUCUGCCAAAUCGUGCCUAAAGUCCCUCAACCAGAGACUGAUUCUUAUUUCCCCAUUUACUUGUGUAAAAUCAGUCAAAAGAGGAGAGAGUCAUUUUUUUAAAGUGAUUGCAUAGUCCUGGGUUUCAGAAAACUUCAGCUAUCAUUUAAGUAGGAAUUACAUGAUUUCUCUGAGUCAUUCUGAUCUAAAGGGACCACUGCUUUGACAAUCAAUUCUAAAUACAAACAGCAAGAGGAAAAAUUAGUCCAACACUUUAUUAGCUUCCUUUUAGUUCUUCCUUAUAAUCUCAUAGGAAGAAAUCUUUACUCUGGCUUAUAUAUUCAAAGCCUUUGGGUAUUUCUUUUGUGAGCUGUAGACAAUGAGUAUUCCCUGUGGUAAUGUUUAAGUCCCCCAAACUAGGAGGGAAGAUGAUCUUCUUCACUUGUAGUUUGCACUUCAUCGAGUAGGCAAGCUUGAAGCCAUUUUACUAUUUAUGGAUAUAUUUUCAAAAGUUACUCUGGAAGUGAAUGUAAUAGGAAGGGAUGACUUCAUAUUGAAUCUGUAAAAUGGCUUACGGUGUUGGUGUGUGGUUUUCUGAAUUCUAUAAUAUAGAAACUAAUUUUUUCUGC